CCGCUGCAACACCAACACCAACACCACCACCACCACCGCCCUGCCCGCCCCAGCCGCGACACCCUGUCUACUGCCCGCGCUUUCUCUCGCACACACACACACACACACUCUCUCUCUCUGUCUUCGCCGGCGCGCCUACCGACCGCGGGAGCUCAAGGGCGACACGAUGAGAUAGGCCAGCACCCAGCCCUUUCACCCGCAUCCGCCGACGUCUGCUUUCACCCUGUGCGCCGCCGCCUCAAGGCCCCGCGGGCACAUAACUGCGUACGGUCGCACCCUGCCUGCUUGCGCCUGCGCCAACCCGACUCCGCCGACGUAGACAGCACCUGGAGGCCGCCCUCGCCGUUGCGACAGCCCCAGCCGCCGCGCCGUGAGCCGUCUGCGUCAAGAUACUGUCGGCGCAUCCACUAAAGCGAGCGGGGGAAGAAUCCGGGGAGGCUGUGGAGAGCGGCAGGAGUGGCGCGCGCGCCGAAGUGCUGCAUGACCAGGCCCAGAGUAUGCCAGGCAUUCGCACCAUGAAUCCUAGCGGCGCAGACGGAGCCACGGGCCCAAGAGAUGGAGAAAGCAAGAAACGCACUCACGACGGCAAGCUGGUCAAUGGCGAGCGCAACGCUCCGAAAAAGGAUGCCAUGGAUGGCGCUGUCGCUAUGAACGGGCCUGCGAACACUCCAAGUCUAAACGGCGCCUCCAUGUCCGUGUCCGCGGUCCCAACGCCCGCCUCUAUGUCUGCAUCUGCGUCUGCGCCGAACCAGUUGGCCCAACUGCCGCCGGAAAUCGUGCACCUCGCCUCCGACUUCUAUCAUCCUCUCUCGAAGCUGCUUCUGCGCGUUUCCCAAGACUGCUACAAUGACCUCAAUGACGUCCUGCAGGCAAUGGCCGAGGUGCCCGCCAGCCACCAGGCCAAUGGCAUCGUGACCAACGGGCUCGGGCCCUACGGAUUGGCAAAUGGCGGCCUAGACAAUUCCGAAGCGAACAAGCAGAAGAAACUAUGGUUGAUGCGGUUUGCGCAAGACAACAGGGCCAAGUUUAUCAAACUGCUAGUUCUGGCAGAGUGGGGCAAGAAGUCUGCAGUCGAUGUUUCGAAACUGAUCGACCUGUUCUCGUGGGCACGAGAGCAGAGCACCUUCAUGGAUGCCGUGGAUUUCCAGAUAGAGAACCUAAAAGUGCUCUCGAAUCAUGCGAGGCAGUACAAUCCCGACAUCAGGACGGCGCUGGAGGUCCUGGCUACUGGAAAGGCGGGAUGGAUACCUGACAUGGGUUUCAUCCCACCUAAGCCCAUUUCUUCCGAGAAGGCGCUGAAGCUGCUGCGAUACAUGAACACAUCUCUAUCGAUACGGCUUAACGUGCAUGAGAAUCUCCCACGCCAUCUCCGAAAAUGGCGGGUGGAUUCCGGACGAGCGACCUUCAUCGUAGAUAACGAGUUCGAGCUGGACGUCAUCUCCUUCGUAGAAGACGCCUCGGACCAGUGGCAUUUCAUCGACCUAAGGCUUCUAUUUUCGCCCGCGCCCUCGAUCACGGUACAAAGCCGCUUCCUACAGACCCUCAAGCUCCAUUUAGAUCGCAUUCUUGCGCAAUCCGGUCUGAGUGGAUGUUUUGACCACCUCCACAACUUCAUCCUCACCCACAAAGUUGCCGUCCUCAAGUCGCAGGCGUACGAGCUUCUCCGCGCUGGCUGGGCUGGCUCGCUCAAGGUGGAGCCGGUGCAUCGAUCGCUUGUGAUCCAAUACUGGACGGACAGGCCUGGUAGAAAGAACUGGAUUGAGAUCGGCUUAUCGAGUAACAGGCCCCAAAACGGCAGAGUAUCAUGGCGAGGACCGCCAAUACCUUCUCUGACCGUCCGCUGGUUUCGCCAAGGCGUGGAAGUCAAGGACGUCGACCUCAAUUUUGAUUGGAAGCAGCUGUCCGUGGAACGAAUGUUGAAGCGAGUAAUAGCGCUCCAUAUCAGACACCUUCUAGAGGCCGCUCGCAAAAAUCUCGACGCGGGGAUGACCGUCAAGGCGACGCUAUCCGAAACCGAACCCUCGGACUGUAUGCUUGAGACGUCUCUGGGUCCAUCGGUCAACAAGGCGACGAUAUCGGUGGAAUCUGUGACGGGAAGAUACAUCCUGCAGCCAGUCACUGCCCAGUCGGCGGCCGCGGAAAACGCCAUCAAUCGCCCAAAGGAGGCAUCCAACACCGGUGCAAUACUCACCCAGCUACUUGCUCGGUCACUUCGCGACCUCAUCCAAAGAUACGCUCAGCAGCUUGGGUGGCAAGAGGUCGCGCGGCAAGCUCUGCGAUUAGACGUCGUGAAAGCAGCAGUCAAGCUGGAUGUCCUACAGUAUGCCUUCUAUUGGCCUCGUGGCUGGUCACCGAACUGGGCUUUGGCCGUCGUCAUAGCCUCCUCCGGUGAAUCCUGGUGGAUAUGUGAGAUAGGCGCGAAGGGCAACACCAUUGAGUAUGCCCAGCGUUUGAUCAUCGACAAGCAAAAGGGCCGCUCGCCGCCCAUCACCCGCGCUACAUCUUCAAGCAUCGAAAGGAUCGCCCUCCACACACUUGCCUUCUACGUCACUGCGAGAGAACUCCAGAAGGAGAACAAGCCAUACAACCUUGGGUACGAGUAUGCUCCAUCUCGUCAUCCUGGCGCUUCCCAGGGAAUCGUCCGCGGCUGGGUUUUACAUGUCAAGACUUCAGAUCUGCUUGCUACCAAGCCCGGAGAAGCACCAUGGCUGGAACCUGGCUUGCGAAUUAUGUGCGAGGGUCUACGGUCGGACUCUCGCAAUGUGUGGCACAUCGCCUCUGGGAUGAUGGUGCCAGAUGUUGCCGCGGAUAUGAAAAAGCUCAUGGCGGCCUCACCACAAAACAACUUCAGUUUCUCCGAGGACGGCAACUUCUCAAUCCUUCUAUCUACGUCGUUUGGAGAGGGGAUUGUCCCCGAACUCAGGGCACGUUUGCGAGACGUGGACCGUCUUCGCUCGUUCGCAACAACCCUCCAGAAGCGCAAAAUGCCGCUCAAAUCUUCCUCAUUGCAGCAGGUACAAUUCCAAUACGGCAAAUCGCUCAUGGCGACGGUCAACUUCGGGAAGGGCGACGACAUCAAAGUGGAUUUUGGACACAACAACCCGCAUAAUCGCAUCCGCGCGCUCCUCACCGAAAUGGUCAAUGAGCGGUACCCAGCCCAUGCAGAUCUAUAUCUCGGCGACAACACCACCCUAGACCGCUUCUGCACCACUCUCAUAAUGACUCGGCCUAUCCUAUCCGCUCUCAACGAGAUCGAGAACCUAGCUCCCGGCAAUAUGAGCAACCCCGCUGUACGUACGCACGCUAUUGGGACAUACCGCCUGAAGUAUGCCAAUCCGCAAUGCUCAUUUGAUGUGCGCCUCCGACCAAAGGACGACAAGGUCUUCUGGCUCAUAGAGGACAACGAUGGAAAACCGGCGGAUUUGCGACCCAGCCAGGAACGCGCAUCAAAUCUCAAACGACCGGAGACCCUCAAGGUAGCAUUGCACAAUCUAUUCAAGGAAACCGGUGAGCGGUGGUUUGGGGUACGGACAGGUAUCGUGGCUGAUAUCGAUGGGGUCCCGGCUGCCUUGAAGAAGCUGCACGAGACGGUCAUCAGCUGCGCUGUUGAAGGUGGAUUCAAGCAGGAAGCCAACGACGGCGACAGUAAACCUGUUCCAGCUCGCAAUCAGCCCAAUGGCCCAGGUCCUUCGAACAAGGCUAACGGUGUCGGUCCUCCAAACAGCAGGCAACAGCAGCCGCCCGGGAAGGUCGGUAAUGUGGGUGGCAAGCCAGCAAUGGCAAGCAAGCACGAGGUGAUCACUAUCGACUGAUGAGCUUUGGCUCAUUUGGACAAAGUCUUGCAUUUUGGAAGUUUAGCUAAUGUCUGAGUUCAUUAGAAUCUGUGGGAAGCAUAAGGAUAUCCCAUUAAUCUCGGUUUCACGCCUACCCGGGAGGUGUUUUGCUUUCGGUGUUUGAUUCCCCCGUCAGGAAAUGGCGGAUUAGCUGGAGUUACAUUAAUUUGUAUCAUAGACCAGUUUGGACGGGGGACCAGCGGGGAACUGUAGGCUUGGUACUAUAGGACCCGAAUGGAUCUCUUGGUAAAAUUUGGGAACUGGUGCUUGUUGGUGGCCUGGAGGUUCGUGAAGUGCUUCAGUGAUGUGUCCACUGUUGUGUUUUGAUGUUGCAAAACGACGAUGUCGGCACCGCAGGUCUGGGCUACAGUAUGUAACAAAUG